UGCGGCAAGAAUGUCGGCUUCAUGAAGGCCGAGUGCGCUGAGUCGUGUGGCUUCUGCACGCCGCCUCCUAUGCUGACGGCCGCUGACGAUCCGCUCCUCGGGCCCGAGCGCGUGGUCCUGAGCAUUCACUAUGGCGAAAACAAGUACGGAGAGGUGGUACUCGGCUUUUAUCCGAGCGUGGCGCCUGUCACCGUGGCGCACAUCCUCCAGCUCGUGCGGCUUGGCGGCUACAACACCAACGAGAUCUUUCGGGUCGACAAGGGGUUCGUGGCGCAGGUCCAGGGCGUCGACGGCGGCAGGCGAGCGCCCAUGUCCAAGGGCCUGAGAGCUGUGGCCAAGCAGACGGUGCGAGACGAGUUCUCCUCGACCCUGCAGCACAAGCGCGGGGUGCUCAGCAUGGGCAAGUUUGAGGAGCCGCACACGGGCACGUCGUCCUUCUCGAUGCUGCUCGGCGACGCGCCCUCCCUGGACGGCAAGUACACCAUCUUUGGGCGCGUCGUGGCGGGCGACCACGUCUUGUCGCAGCUCGAGCAGCUCGAGACGCGUCGGGAAGGCAUCUUCGUCAAGCCGAAGGAGCGGGUCGAGGUGGUCUCGGCCGUCCUCAUGCACGCGAGCGACGGAGGCGGGCUGGAGCUGCACGAGUGCGAGGAUCAAAAGACGGAGCUAUGAGGAGCGGGGGGGAGGCGGCGCACGGACAGGUCUCGGCGUGGCGGGUGGGCGGCGGCGGCGGCUGGCGGCGGAAGUGAAGCUGGGAGGCUGUAAAACGUGUCGCAAUCCGAAUCCCGCGUGCAUGCCCGCGUGUCACCCAGACUGCGUUUAACCGUUUUUUGGUUACAUUGUGCGUUGCCAUC